AUGGGUCAGACCUCCGCGCUCAGUGCUGCUGUUUGGUCGGACACUCAGCCACUUGUGGUUAGGGAGAGAUCAAGCGGCGUAGCCGGCUCACUAACUGCAACGCAAAACGGAGUCCUGUCGCACCGGGAGGGUAUUUCAAACAUCGUAACGCAAAAUGUGUUGCAUGAAUGGCUUGGAACUGCCCCUGAAAUCUAUGGGGAAGUUAGUCUGAACGUUACUCUGACGCCUGCAGCCCAACUGGAGACCCUUCCGCUUGCGGUUGGGGGGAAGUUGGGUGCUACUGUUUCUUCGCGGGUAAUGGAGUCUGGCGAGGAGUCACGGAAGCAGGGGUCAUCAUCCGGGGGUGGUGAAGCGUCGCCUUGCUUUUUGUGUCCAAUUUAUGGUCUAAAAUUCAAGACCAGACAAGGUCUGGGUCAACAUAAGCGUCAUAGGCAUCCGGUGCAGCUCAAUGCAGAGCGGCUGGAACAAUUGCCAAAGCGGAGGGGCGAAUGGUCGGGAUACGAAUGCCACACUGUUGUGGAGAAAGCGAACCAUCUGAUGGAGCGUUGCUCAGAAAAGCAGCAGUUAUAUGUAAUGCUCGAGAAUGAACUACAAGGGAGAACAGCAGAGGGCGUUAAAAAGCAACUGAGAAAACUCGGUUGGGAGAUGAAGCGAUACCUAGGGGCCACUGCUUCGGGGGCCAGAUCGGCAGUGGUGUCACCCCUACAGGAAGAGAGACCGGCUAAACGGGCACGUCGGAUGACUGGACAGUCAGCCCUUAGGCUCCUCUCCGGCUGA